AUGUUACAGGGUCCGGGCACCGAGGGGGCUGCAGGCCGGCAACAGCUGUCUCCGAGGCCCUCUCAGACCAUCUACAGGCGCGUGGAAGGCCCCCAGCAGGGGCGCCUGGAGCCCCUGGAGGAGGAAGAGGAAGACGGGGCGGAGGGGGCGGAGCCGGCCCGCUUCUGCCCCAUGGAGCUGAGGGGCCCUGAGACCCUGGGCUCUAGGCAGGGGCCGCCAAGCCUCAUACCCUGGGCGGCAGCAGGAAGAAGGGCGGCCCCCUACCUGGUCCUGACGGCCCUGCUGAUCUUCACUGGGGCCUUCCUUCUGGGUUACGUGGCCUUCCGAGGGUCCUGCCAGGCGUGCGGGGACUCUGUGUUGGUGGUCAACGAGGACGUCAGCUAUGACUUGGGCCCGGACUCCCACCGAGGCACCUUGUACUGGAGCGACCUCCAGGCCAUGUUCCUGCGGCUCCUGGGGGAGGGGCGCCUGGAGGACACCAUCAGGCGGGACCUGCGGGCCGGGGGCGUGGAGCCGGCGGGCCGCGUCCUGCUGGUGCGCGUCGGGGGCACCAGCUUCGCCCGGAAGGUGGCCAGUGCCCAGGAUUUCGGGGCCCGAGGAGUGCUCAUAUACCCCGACCCAGCAGACUUCACUCAGGACCCACACAAACCAGGCCUGUCCAGCCACCGGGCUGUGUAUGGACACGUGCACCUGGGAACUGGGGACCCCUACACGCCUGGCUUCCCUUCCUUCAAUCAAACCCAGUUCCCGCCAGUUGAAUCCUCAGGCCUCCCCAGUAUCCCGGCCCAUCCCAUCAGUGCAGACAUUGCUUCACGCCUGCUGAGGAAACUCAAAGGCCCUGUGGCACCCCGGGAAUGGCAGGGGCGCCUUCUGGACUCUCCUUACCACCUGGGCCCUGGGCCAGGCCUGCAGCUGGAGGUCAACAACCAUAGGGCCUCCACCCCCAUCAGCAACAUCUUUGGCUGCAUUGAGGGCCUCUCAGAGCCAGAUCACUAUGUUGUCAUCGGGGCUCAGAGGGACGCCUGGGGCCCAGGCGCAGCCAAGUCCGCUGUGGGGACGGCCAUACUGCUGGAGCUGGUGCGGACCUUUUCCUCCAUGGUGAGCAACGGCUUCCGCCCCCGCCGAAGUCUUCUCUUCAUCAGCUGGGAUGGGGGCGACUUUGGGAACGUGGGCUCCACUGAGUGGCUGGAGGGCUACCUCAGUGUGCUGCACCUCAAAGCCGUAGCCUAUGUGAGCCUGGACAACGCCGUGUUGGGGGAUGACAGGUUCCAUGCCAAGACCAGCCCUCUUCUGAUCAGCCUCGUUGAGAACAUCCUGAAGCAGGUCGACUCUCCCAACCACAGUGGGCAGACGCUCUACGAGCAGGUGGCGUUCAAUCCCAGCUGGGAUGCUGAGGUGAUCCAGCCCCUGCCGGUGGACAGCAGUGCCUAUUCUUUCACGGCCUCUGUGGGGGUCCCCGCUGUCGAGUUCUCCUUCGUGGAGGAUGACCAGGUGUACCCGUUCCUGCACACCAAGGAGGACACCUACGACAACCUGCACAAGGUGCUCCAAGGCCGCCUGCCCGCUGUGGCCCAGGCCGUGGCCCAGCUCGCAGGGCAGCUGCUCAUCCGGCUCAGCCACGAUCGCCUGCUGCCCCUCGACUUCGGCCGCUACGGGGACGUGGUCCUCCGCCACCUCGGCAGCCUCAACGCGUUCUCCGGGGACCUCAAGGUCCGGGAGGCCGGCCCCGCUCCCGGACUCAGGGGCGGGGUGGAGUUCUACUUCCUGUCCCAGUACGUGUCGCCUGCCGACUCUCCGUUUCGCCACAUCUUCCUGGGCCGUGGAGAUCACACGCUGGACGCCCUGCUGGACCACCUGCGGUUGCUGCGCUCUAACAGCUCCGGGGCCUCGGGGGCCGCCUCCUCCCGGGUGGCGCCCGGCCAGGGCUUCCAGGAGAGCCGCUUCCGGCGCCAGCUCGCCCUACUCACCUGGACGCUGCAGGGAGCAGCCAAUGCUCUUAGUGGGGACGUCUGGAACAUAGAUAACAACUUCUGAGGCCCCGG